AUGAAGGUCGCGGCAGCGAAGAAGGCGGCAAAGGUCGCGGUGGCGAAGAGGACGGCGAGUGCUUCCUCCUCGUCCAAGAGGUACCAGACGCCAUCCCCUUCCCCUUCGGACAGCACCUUGGAGGCCGAGUUUGACCUCGGAUCUUUUAGCCCGGCGAGGAAGAGGAAGCUAGUGGAGGAAGAGGACGUGGAGACGCUGGCCCAGAGGGUGCCGAAGAGGGACAAGGCCUCGACGGGCGACAAGCCCCCGACAGGGUUUGCAGGAGAAGAACGGCAGCAGGAGGAGCCGCCGAGGGCCACCUCCAACAUGCCGCUCCUCUCGACUACGCCGCCCCGAGGGGCGUCCCCGGCAAGGGCAUCCACCACCGAGCCCACGCAUAUGGAACCCUUCCUCGGCAGACCGGGGGACAUUGACACCGUCAUCAAGGAGGUCGCCAGGGACGCCGAGGCUGAGGCCGACAAGAUCGCCGCCGAGGAGGCCGCCAAGAGGACGGCGGGCACCAGGGCACCCACCGAGGGGGAUGUGUUCGAUGACGAGGCGCUCGCCGCCGCCGGGCUUGAGGUUGUUAACGAACCGAGCAUCGGUGGCGGAGGUACCCAAGAGGAGCAGCUCCUUCGGGCCAUGAGCGCCAACUUCGAGAAGCUCCAGGCACUUCACUGUGCUCGCCUGGACAAGGCAAAAUCCAGGAUGGCGGCGGUGGACAAGGCGGAGGCGGAUCUCGAGGGGCACGUUGCCGAGACACAAGCCUGGUUCCACCAGGCCCACGAAGAAUUGAAGGUUGCCCAGGAUCUGCUGGCCGAGCGCAAACGGGAGCUUGUCCUGAAGCAGGCUGAUGCCGAGAAAGCCCCGGAGGCGGCGAAGGAACAGGAGGAGGACCUUGCCGCUCGUGAGGAGGCGCUCGCCGCCACACUCCAUGGCAAGGAUGAGAAAGUUGAGAAGCUCGUCGCGCAGCAGACUCAGGAGCUGGAGCAGAGGCACAAGGUGGCACUCAAUGCUCAAGGCCUGGUCCAUGCCGGCAAGGUGAAGGAGCUGGAGGUGGAGUGGGAUGGGCUGAAGAAACAGGUCCUGGAGCUGGCGAAGGAGAAGGACACGAUCAACAGCGCUCUGCUGGAGGGUCUUGAGGGGAUGCUUUUGGAGGUCAGGGCCUGGGAGGAGACCCUAACCAAGGACCUGGAGGAGGAGGGGCAGCUGCGGAGGAAUGAGGCCGCCGAACACAAGGAGUACGCGGAGGGCAUAAACUGUUGGGUCAGCCGCCUCGCCGACAUCACCGGCAGGACCACCACGAAGCUGGCUGCCAUGGGGAUGCCGAAUGUGAGGUACGCCCCAGAGCCGAACGCAACUUAUCUGGCCAACGAGUCCCGGAGGCUCUACCGGGGCGCCCUGACCAAGGUGCUCACCAAGGUGGCAUUCUGGAACCCCACCGUCAACUUUGCCAACACGUUGGAGAGCUUGCCGGAGGAGGCGAACCUCGCGGUGCUCAAGGAGCGUAUCAAGCCCAUCAUCGACUGCGUCGACGGAGUUGAGAGGGUGGAGAGCCAGCGCGGGGACUAG